AUUUCUAUGUCCACAUGUCCGCAAUGAUGUCGAUAUCUAUCCUAGUCGCUAUUCUAACGUGUGGUGCAGCUGAACUUUGUCAGAUACGCAAUGCGAAUGACUUAACAAACGCAAAAGUUUGUACGGAAUUGGAGCUCUACGCCAAUGAUGAAGUCAUGAAAAGUCCGCUACUAUUUGAUAAAAUCAAAAUGGCAACCACAUAUCGGCAUUUCGAGUUAAAUGGCACGGAGCUGGAAAAGAUCAGUGAAGCAAGGGAAGUUCUGCUACCGAAAGGUGCCACUGUGACAAUAUGGGACAAUGCUAAUCUUCAAGAAUUGCCUAAAUUCAAUAUCGUUGAUGCUAAUGACAUCAAAAUGUCAGUCAUUGGAAAUCCCAAAUUAGAUACGAGGCAGCUGCUUAUGGAAUGUGAGAAGAAGCGUUGCAGUCAGGAUACGUUAAACAGCAUUCAAGUACCAUAUUCUUGCCGAGCCAUUGCGCCAUUGCCAACGAGCUGUCGUAUCGUAUUUGGCACAAUUCCAUUGCAUUUACAUCACUAUUCAUGGGGCACCAUUGAAACCCUUUACGGGACAAUUACCCUGGAGAAUUCUCAGCUAAAACGAGCCCCAAAGCUUGAAAUGCUCGAGCAGGUCAUACAGCUAAAGAAUACGCCGGUGCUGGUGGUGAAGAACAACUCAAAGCUGGAAGAGAUCGACUCAUUGCUCGAUUUGAACUACGUCAUCAUCGACAACCAAACGAGUCCGGUACAGAUUGAGGAAAACCCGAAUCUGUGCAUAGAUGUGAACCAUGUUGACAGUACGUUCGCGAAGCGAUACAUGAAAAAUGUGGACCGAUGCAUGUAUGGACAUAAAAUGGCAGAAGUUCCAGAAGAUAGGAAAGCUCGAGGAUUACAAGAAGGUGGUGUAGAAUCAUCUACCGUCCCUGAACAUAAGGAAUCACCAAUAAUAAUAAUAGACCCACCACUAGAUCCACCACAUGUGGAAACAGUGGAACCCGCCGGGAGUGCAGAAUCAGGACCACCACCAUCAGAACCACUAGAAGAGGAACCGACAGAGGCAGCCCCAGCAUCGAAGCUUGGAACAGAUGUGGGAGAUAGGAACGCCGAAAUGACCACGGUAGAUCAAAAUAUGACAGCGAUAUUAGGAAAUGAGGUUUGGAGAGUGGAAUCAAAUGAAUCACUUGGAACGACGGAAUCUGUAACAACAUCGAAAAAAGCAGGUGGUCUAAAAGGAUUUCUCGAGAAAAUUCUACCAAAAUCAGGAAACCAAGCGACAUACCUUUUCCCUAGUAUUUUCCUGCUGUCUAUUGGAAUUGUGUAG